CAGUGAACCUUCGUCGAACAUUAGACUUGAGUUCGGCCGUCUCCCGUCUCCGCCGCCGACCUCCAGAUUCGCUAUCGCGGCAUCCAAAUGGCAGAGGAGAAGCAGCGAUCGCUCCUUCUCGACUCCGCCUCCCGAUUCCCUCUACCUCACGGGGCGCGUUUCUCGUACGGGACCGCCGGAUUCCGAUCGGAGGGAUCCAUCCUGGCGUCGACGGUGUACCGUGCGGGGGUCCUGGCGGCCCUGAGGUCGCUCAAGACCGGAUCCGCCAUCGGGUUGAUGAUCACCGCCUCCCACAACCCCGUGUCCGACAAUGGCGUCAAGAUCGCUGAUCCCGACGGCGGAAUGAUGGUACAGCGGUGGGAGCCGUUUGCCGACGCCCUCGCUAAUGCCCCCGACUCCGAGCACCUCCUCCAUUUGGUGGUUCGAUUUGUGGAGGAAGAAAAUAUACCAUUUGGAGGAGUGCAGUCUGCGGAGGUGUUGUUAGGAAGAGACACCAGACCGAGUGGAGAAGCUCUUCUUGAAGCUGCAAAGCAUGGAAUCAAUGCUAUAAUUGGUGCGGUUGCAAUCGACAUGGGAGUCUUGACAACCCCACAACUACACUGGAUGGUUAGAAGCAGGAACAAGGGCAUGGUGGCAUCGGAAUCUGACUACUUGGCUCAAGUAUCAAAAUCUUUCAGGUGCCUGAUGGACCUGGUUCCCAGAGAACGGAUUGCCGAUUCAUUGGAUACGGAACUCGUAGUUGAUGGAGCCAAUGGUGUUGGUGGAGACAAGCUUGAACAGCUCAAGAAAAUGGUGACAGGGUUGGAUAUUUCCGUGAAAAAUACAGGUAAGAAAGGAGAAGGGAUGCUUAAUGAAAGCUGUGGUGCUGAUUAUGUGCAGAAGGAGAAGGUUGUUCCAUCCGGCUUUGGGCCUGACUACGUAGGAGUAAGGUGUGCAAGUCUGGAUGGUGAUGCCGAUCGGCUUGUGUAUUUCCUCAUUCCGUCUGCAAGCAGCAAGAACAUUGACCUAAUUGAUGGAGACAAGAUAUUGUCCCUCUUUGCAGUUUUUAUCAAGGAACAAUUGGAUGUCCUCUACAAGGGCAGUGAUUCAAAUAACAAACCGCCUGUAAGGCUUGGCAUCGUGCAGACGGCAUAUGCAAAUGGAGCAUCAACAGCGUACCUCAAGCGGCUAGGCCUAGAGGUUGUGUUUACUCCCACUGGAGUAAAAUAUCUGCACAAGAAAGCUGCAGAGUAUGACAUUGGGAUAUACUUCGAGGCAAAUGGACAUGGAACCGUACUGUUCUCAGAAAAUUUUCUCUCUGGUCUGGAGUGUUGGAGCAAUGAACUUGCCUCUGCAUCUUCAGUAGGUUCCGAGCAACACAAAGCUGCUUUAAGAUUGCUGGCGGUCAGUCAACUGAUCAAUCAAGCAGUAGGAGAUGCUCUUAGUGGGUUGCUAUUGGUGGAAGCUGUAUUACAGUACAUGGGAUGGUCAAUCAAAAGGUGGAAUGAGCUGUACCAAGAUCUGCCUAGCAGACAGCUUAAGGUAAAAGUUGCGGACCGAAAUGCUGUUGUUACAGCAAAUGCAGAAACACAAGUUGUGAAGCCAUCAGGUCUACAAGAGUUUAUAGAUGCGGAAUCAGGGAAGCACCCUCACGGCCGAUGUUUUAUCCGGCCAUCCGGUACAGAGGACAUAAUUCGUGUGUACGCCGAGGCAUCCACGCAGGAAGCAGCUGACAGUCUUGCCCGAUCCAUAGUGCAACUUGUCGAUCGUGUUCUUGGAUCCGGCAAUUCUCAUCAGUAGACUGGUUAAAAUUGUUGUUCGGAAAGCUCUUGUUGAAAUUGUUAACUUAAUAACUUUUCUUAAAUCAUUUCUUGGAACAGUUUGAUCCUAUGGUUAUUCCA